AGAGCCAGUCGCACACGUCGCCUGUCGCGUGUGGAUGCGCGUGUGUAGGUGAAGAAUCACAUCGCACAGACGCGACACGCCACAGAUUUGUCAUUCAACACUCCGCUCUGACAAUACCGACCAGCUGAUGGCACGUUGACAUUAGUAAAAAAAAAAGUUAAUAUCGGAGAGAUGCAUCUGUAAUUAAGAUGAAGAAUAUCUGGAGAUAAUCACAUCUGAGGAUUGUUGCUUGAAACAUUCUUAUACAUAUAGAAUUUCUGAUAAAUAGAAUAAAAUGGAUAUUACAUUAGAUGAUAAAUUGAAUGUACUACAGCAAAUAAGUCAGCGAAAGCUUGUGGAGAUAUUGGAUGUUAUUCCAGGCACAAAGGAUCUAAUAAUAGAACAGAAACUGAUGAAAAUAUUAGAUAGUUUUGUAGGAAUGACUGUAUUAAAGCGAUAUGGAGUAGACAAAAUUUAUAAAAUGGAGGAAGGACUGAAGCCAUCAAACAGUCAGCGUAUAUUUCUAGUAUCCAACAAUUUAAUUGCAUGCAAAAGAGUUCUGGAUCAAAUACAAUCUGAAAUAUCUCAUGUUAGCAAGAUCAAUGUUGAAGUUUGUCAUCAUUUGCUGGUCAUGCCUUUCGUUCCAGCUGUUUUACAUAAUCUAGUAGAAGAGGAAGGUUUGUCCGGACUAGUUACAUUACGAACGCUGUCUCCGGAAUUUAUAAAAUUGGAUGGAAAUGUUUUAUCAUUGGAAAAUCCAAUGUUUAUUGAUCUUUAUUAUCACAAAGAUACCAGUCUUCUACGAGCAUUAGCCCAAAAUUUGUGGUCGUUACAACUAAUACUCGGUUCACCGAAGCUCUCCCUUUUCUUCGGCAAGCACAGUCAGCAAAUAAACAUACUGAUGGAAUCUAUGGAACAAUAUCUAGGCUCAUCCAAUUUGGAACACGAGAUCGGCGCGCUGAUCGUAAUGGACAGAAGUUACGAUCUGACGACAACCCUGCUGACGCCCGUAACGUAUGCGGGUUUGUUGAACGAAGUUGUAGAGGUGAACGUCGGUACGGCGACUUUAGGAAAGUCACAAACUAAAUUGAAUCCAGAUAAAGAUCAAAUUUAUGGAGAAGUAAGAGAUACACCCUGCAGCGAUGUCUUUCCGAUUCUACACGGAAAGGCUAAGUCACUUAAAUCCGAACAGGAGGUGGUGCAGACGAUGAAACUGGCAGAAAUGAAAAGAUAUGUGUCGACGAGAUUACGGAAGACCGAAGAUACGACACGGCAAUUGGCGUUUCAUAUAUCCGCGUGUCAGACUAUCGCUGACACCUUGGGUUCUGAAUUUCAGAUCUUGCAGACCUUGGAGAAGCAGAUACUCGAUUGUAAGGAAAGAAAAGAGUGCUUAAGUUACAUCGAAAAAAACAUGGACGAACACGCGUUACGAUGUUUGCGUCUUCUGUGUCUGUUAUCUAUCACUAGCGACGGCAUCGCGCAAAACGAACUUCAGAAUAUCCAAAAGCUCCACUUGCAUACUCAUGGUUAUCAGCAUAUCCCUCUAUUUUACAAAUUACGUACCGUCGGCUUGUUAAAAUACAGAACUGAAAAUCUCCUUCACAAGUUGCCGAAUUGGAGUAGUGAAUGGAGCAGCAACGCACAAAAAUUGAAGCUCUUACCUAGUUAUUCUAAACGGUCGGAUCAUAAUGGUCGUACCUGUCCCAGUUAUGUGUUCAACAACGCUUACGUACCCGCCAUUGCGCAGAUAUUAAACAUCGUAUCAAAUCAGGAGAAAGAUCCUCGCAGUUUCGAGGAUUUGACAAAUUUACCGGGCUGCACGGUAAACGGUCAACGAGGUGCAUUAUCACCGAAGAUGAUUGUAAUUUGUGUGGUAGGAGGUAUUACUUGUGCAGAAGUAGCGGCUUGUCGGCUGAUCGAAAAGUCUACAGGAAUACGUCUUGUUCUUGCGUCCGAUACUAUUAUAACUGGGAACAAACUCAUCCAGAGGAUACAAGAUAUAUGA